AUCCAUUUUCGUCUGUGCUAUCCGUCUGUGCAGUGCAUUUCUUAAAAACGUUUCUUUUCAGUCAAACAAUUGUGCCAAUAGUUUAGCCCAUCAGUUUGGAGAUAAUUAGCAAAAUGCUCUACUUGGAGGAUUACUUGGAAAUGAUUGAACACCUUCCCCAAGAGCUACGGGACAGGUUUACGGAGAUGAGAGAGAUGGAUUUAUCCGUGCAAAAUAACACGGAUGCGCUGGAUAAACGUGCUCGAGCGUUAUUCCAGCAAUGCCGUCGGGGUGAGCUACCCUCAGCAGCAGCCGAAACAGAGUAUGCUGCUAUUAGAACCGAUUACUAUCGGGUUCUAGAAGAUUCCGACGAGAAAAUCCAGCUAGCCGGCCAAACAUACGAUUUGGUUGAACGAUACUUGCGUCGUCUUGAUUCUGAGCUGCACAAAUUUAAAUGCGAGUUGGAAGCAGAUCACAAUGGAAUUACUGAGAUUUUGGAGAAGCGCUCCCUUGAAUUGGACACUACCACCAGCAAUGGAAGUACUAAUCAGAAGGAGAAUCGUUUCUAUGAUGCUCAUAACUCGUUCAGUACCACACACACUGCUCGUUCAGACACUCGUUAUAAGACAAAAUCGGAAAAACGUCGUGACAGCAUAGCACCUGCUGCUGUUGCUGCGUUGGAAAAACGUUCGCUGAACAUCUCAGCACCGUCCAGCAAUGUCAACGUUCCGUCCACUCCUACAAGUUUGGUCGGAGCAAGUCAUCAGGUGAUAACUUCAUCUCCAGCUGCAGCUGUGGCGUACAAUUUGCAAACGUUCGGCGCUGGCAAUGCGAUUGCAGCCGCGGCCAGUCAAGCGAUUGCACAAACACAGCAAAUGCAGCAAGGGCGCCGUACUGCCAGUCUGAAAGCAUCAUAUGAGGCAAUCGGUGGUGCCGGCUCUCAUGAGCUUUUGAUUAAUAGCGAACUAGCAGGGGCAACACAUAAUGCGCUACAGGCUGUUGAGAGGGAAGCAAAUGCCUUUUCCAGUCAGCGUCGUCAAAAGAAAAAAACUCUAGCAAAUAAAAAUCUGUCACCAUCCUUGCCAACAGCAGGCCUACAAGUUCAGCAGCCAGUGCUUCCGCAGCAGUCAACGGCCUUAACGCAGUCUCCUGUGGUUUUACAACAACCACAACCAGCAUUGCAAUUGUCACAACCUGUACUGCAGCAACCGCAGCUAGUCCAACAUCAACAACAUCAAAUUCAGUCAACGAUUACAUCAACUGUUCCAUCGCCAGUAGUCUCUAACGUACAACCACAACUGCAUCAUGUCAAGCCCAUGACUCCGCUUGGCAAUGUGCAGAUUACUCAUACUGGUCACUUGCAGCAGCUAGCUAUACAGCAACAACAGGCGCAAAAACAGCCGCUAACACAACCUCAACUUCAACAACAGUCACAGCAAUUAGUACAACAACAACUGAAGCACUCACCCCAACUCCAAGCUCAGCCACAGGCACAACAGCAAGCACAAUCGCAUCCGGUGUCGCAGCAACUGCCUCAGCAACAACUACAACUUUCACAACAAGCACAAAAGCAACAUCUACAUCAAGCGACGUUGCAACUGCAGGCAGCCGCGCUACAGUUGACCAACCAACCACAGCUCCAACAACAUAUUCAUCAACAACUACAACAAAUACAACAGUUGCAUCAGAGGAAACAACAACAAGCUUCGCUGUUGCCGCAGCAACAACCGAGACAACUGUUGCAGCAAACAUCCCAACAUCAACCGCAGCAACAGUCGCAUCUGCAUAUUCAGUUGUCCCAGCAACAACAUAUCAAGCAGAAACAACACAAAUUGCCACAGCAACAGCAGCAAACCCUAUCGGUUCCCCAAACUUCCCUCAUUCAGUCGCAUCAGCAACAGCAGCAGGUCCCUCAAGUGUUACAUCAUCUACAGCAGCAGCAUCAAUUACAACAGUAUCAGAUGCAAUCGAUAACACAUCAGCAGCAUUUGCCUUUGGCACAACAGCAGUUACAUCAGCAACAACAACUUAUAGACCUGCAACAAAAAGAGCUCAUACAGCUCCAGCAUCAGACAUUGCAACAUGUCCAGCCGGUGCCGUUGGCACAGUCGGCUCAGACCCAAUCACAAGUCAAGCAGCAGGAACAGCAACAGCAGCCGACUCAGUUACAGCCACAGCCGCAAAUACAGUCACAACAGCAAAUCUUACUGCAGCAGCAACUGCAGCAGCAACUGCAACAACAGACGCAGCAGCAAUUGCAUCAGCAGCCACCACAAUCGCAACAGCAACCCCAGCAGCAGCUUCAGGCGCAAUUGCAACAACAGCAGCAAUCUCACUUACAACCUCAGCAACAAUUGCCCCAGCAGUUACCGCUUGCAUCUAUGUCGACUCAACAGCCGCCGCAACAAUUACAGCAAGCUCAUCUGAUGCAACCGUCGUUGUUUGCCCCGAAGCAACAAACACCAAAUCAAAUAGGUCAACUUUCGCAGCAUCAAUUGUCACACCAUCAACAACUCGGCCAAGCAUCAAUUUUGCAACCACAACAGUCUUUGUGUGCAUUGACCACGGUAUCUGCCAUCGAUACGCCAGAUUCCACAUCGGCAACUGCUGUUGAUGGUGGCGGUACAGUCGCAGAACAGUCGGAAAACGAUUGGUCUUAUGAUCCUAAUGAGCCAAGAUACUGCGUCUGUAACCAGGUUUCGUAUGGAGACAUGGUAGCCUGUGAUAACGAAGGUUGUCCGUUCGAAUGGUUUCAUUAUCCCUGCGUUAAUAUCACAUCGUCCCCAAAAGGAAAGUGGUAUUGCCCGCAGUGCAGUUGUUCGAUGAAGCGCAGAGCUUCCCGAAAAAAUUAGUGACUAAUUACCAGCUCGGAACUAGUGAAUGCUAUUUCGCGACAGCAUUUAGUUCAAACAAAAAACGAAUCGCUGUUAGAUUGUAUUAAUUGUACAAUGGAGAAAGGCAGGAAUAAUUGCCGGAACAAGGUCGAAAUCGAUCGGUCUUGUAACAGCGCAGUUGUUUCUGCUCUCCUCCACCAUCUUUAUUGUGCAACAACUAAAACCAUUAUGUUCAUUCAAUUGUAAAAUAUUUUCAAAUUAGCAGGAGCAGGAACAUCUGUUUCGUUCGAAAUUGAUUUUUUAUCGGUUGCUCGAAUUUAUUUUUCGCCCAAAUUAAUUUAAUAUGUUUAUUAUUAUGAUUAUCUUUGAUAUAUUUUUUCCAUAUUUUCAGAAAAUGCCAAUGUAUUACAUGAGGAAUAAUUUACUCAUUCACUUCAUUUGAUUUAAAAAUAUUUAAAUAUCCGCGGGGGAGCGGAGGAUCUGCGGAGAUCUUUGUUGAUUUUCAGUUGGCCUAAGUGAUUGACUGAAAAUCGACGAAAACCUGCGCAUCGUACAUUGUAGAUUCGUAGAGCAGAGUGUCAAACUAAGCACAGUGUAUGUAUGUAUGUUUUGUGUACGUUCAGUGUAUGUUCUUACGCGUUUUAGCACUGCAAUGUUUAGUCCAGUAUAAGCUAUACUGCACUUGGUGCCCUUCGAGUUUGUGGGGUCGGCUAAUAUACACCUAAAAUUAUACAUUGUACGUAUCCCAAGGUAGGU